AUGGGCGGCUGCUGCGGCGGCGUUGUAGGUGGCGAUGGAGCCGACGAAGGUGACGGCGGUUUCGGUGGUGUAGGCAGAGUCUUCGGUGGCGCCUUCGAUGGUGGUGAUGAGGGUGGGGCCGCUGACGGUGGUCGUGAUGGUGGUGGAGUAGGAGCCUUUGGUGGUGACGGUGAUGAUGGGGGAUGUGCUUCUGAUGGCGACGGGGUCGGGGAUGGGGGCGGAACCUCGGGCGGCGGCGAUGGCGAAGGGGUGGCUGAUGGAGUAGGAGCCUUGGACGGCGAUGGGUGUGGGGAUGGGGUUGGUGCUGGGGGCGGAGUCUUGGAUGGCGAAGGCGAAGGCGUCGGUGAUGGUGUACUAGGAACCUCGUCCGACGGUGAUGGCAUUCGAUAA